AUCGUUGCCCUUAGCUUCACUGCCAGCGUUCGGGCUGCUGUCUCAUCUACAGGAUUUACACUGUCGCUCACGGAUAUUGACUACUCUCUCCCUCCCAACCCAGUGGCAAGCAUCGCCGGCUGCGCGAGAUCAAGGCGGCGUUUUCAGACGGGCCAUUCAUUCCAUUCACUGUUAUCAAGCAUGAUGGCUAUGGCACACUGGAUCUAGCACCUGUGACAGCCAAAUAUGCGGAGCAGGACGACGUUUGGCAAGAAGGCUUCCUCGAUGGUGUGUACCAGCUUCAGUCUCUAUACGUACAUGGUGGCAGCGCGGGCAAUAUCUCCACCACAGUCACCACCGGCACAGUGUCCAGCGAUUUGAAGCCUGGGCCUUAUUUCAUCAACGCAGCUGGUCAAGUGUACGAGGCAUGACGGCUAUACAGCGACGUAACAGGUGCUUUCACCGAACCCGCAAUCGCCAAUGAUGAUGGGUCCUACUCUGUGCUUCCUGCAGGAACUCUUGGCCAGAAGCUCGCCGUGGCCGUUCCAUCUUGUCUCUAUUUCGAGAAGACCGCUGAGAAGCCACUGGGCUGGUGUCCGCAUUGGUAUUAAGGACAUCUACGACAUCAAAGGACUACGCACAUCCAACGGGAACAGAGCUUGGUACUGGCUGUACCCACACUCCGAUAACACUGCAACUCCUGUUCAGAAGUUGAUCGAUGCAAGCGCCAUCAUCGUCGGCAGUGUCCGCGGCCCAUCACAAGUCCAAGGACUCUACGGCAACAGACCUUCCCACGGCCUCGUGAUCCUCGAGCACAAAAUGCCCAUGGCCCCCCUCCUGGACACCGCCGGCCUCAUCGCUCGCGACCCCCGAAUCUGGCGCGACGUUGCUCAAGCCAUGUACGGCUCCAACAUCACGGCCAGCACCACCUACCCGACCUCCAUAAAAACCCUCACCUGGCCCGCCAACACGCUGCUAAUCGACUUCCUCGCCAACGUAACCGCCUUCCUAAACGCCAAUGCGACCGCAUACAACGUCACAUCCUCCUGGAGCACCCGACAAUUCAUUUCUCCACCCACUCGCAACAAUGAUGAACCUCACCUACGCGAUCCUAAUCACCAAGCAACAAGUUCCGCUAGUUCGGGAGCCCUUUCUCGCCGACUACGCCUUGAAACACGACGGCCGCACGCCGUUCAUCAACCCCGUGUCUCUCGCCCGCUGGGGCUGGGGCGACAGUCAAACCGCAACGCUGGAGGAAGGCAUUGCGAACAAAACGAGGUUCAUGGCCUGGGCAAACUCGACGUUCCCCGCUCCUUCCGCAGAGACGUGUUCGGAGAGCUUGGUGAUGUAUGUGGGUUUCACUGGGCGGACAAACUAUCGCAAUGUGUAUCUUAAUGAGCCAGGUGUGCCGUUUCGGUGGAGCAACAGCCAAAUUUCCGUCUUCUCAGAGGCUCCAGACUUGGUUAUGCCAAUCGGAGAAGCACCGUACAACUCGACUAUCACAAACCAUGUAGAGUACUUGCCUGUAACGGCAAACUUCAUGGCGGUGAAGGGCUGUGAUGGCAUGCUGUUCGGUCUGAUCAGCGACUUGUAUGAGGUGGAGAUCUUGAAAGAGGCGCUUGCUGGGAGGAGUGGGAUUACGGGGGGCGAGACGCUGUAUGGGCGGGAGUUCUGAGGUACAUAUAGCGUAC